UUUCUGGCUCUCGCUCCAGAAGCUUCCUUCAUGUGUUCCGAGGAGCGCUGUGCAAGAAAAGAGCUCUACGAGGUGCCCGGCGGUAACCUGGUUCAAGGCUCAAGGCUUCGCGAACGUUCAUUUUCUCCUGCCUGGGGAACCUCCGCGAAGGUGAACGUUGAGCUAGCGUGUUGUUUUGCUCUGCUUACGCAACUGCCCAUCUCCCUGUACAUCCUGCUUGUCAUUGUUGGUCUCUUAUAUCCAUUUCUUGUUGCGGUUUGGUGGUGGCAAUUUGUAUACGCUGACUUGUUCCUCACUGCCUAGUGUGGUGCUCGUAAGUCUCUGUUCUUUCAGAUCUGCUUUGUGUGGAUUGCACAUUGUUCAAUUUGCAGUAUUUCAUUGUUGUGAUCUCUCAGGUGUCCUUACACAUCUUCCCUCAGUUUUCUGCCAUAUACCUAUCAUUUGUGGUCUUGUUUGUGCCAGAUGCCUCAUGUGCGGAGUCUCGCAUCCAGGUGUUUGCGUCGGGCUCGGGCUUGCCAACUUGGAUGGGUUCGACCGAAUUGUCCUCUUCCGUUGGUGCUCGAAGGCCUAGUCGCCCGUGACACGGUCUUGCAUGCAGAGUUGGAUGCUCAGGCUAAUAAGUGGUUGACAGCAUUACUCCAUCCCUCUGAUAGCUGCCCGAAAGUUGAUUCCGUUGUACUUCGCGGUUUUUCUUCUGCUAUUGAUGCUGGGGUCCAGGUUGACGAGGUCGAAUAUCCUUCUCAAAGCAUUCGAGUAUUUUCAAUUGAUGCUGGUGUCCAGGUUGACGAAGUGCACUGUCCCUUUCAGAGCAUUCGAGUGUCGUCAAUUGGUGCUGAGGUCCAAGUGCAUUCUCAAAGCAUUCGAGCGUCUUCAAUGGGUGCCGGCGUGCAAACUCAGUUCACUUGCGAGGACGCCUGUGUGCAAACUCAGUUCACUUCAAUGGAUGCUGGUGUGCAUACUCAGUUUACUUUGAAGGACGCCGGUGUGCAAACUCAGUUCACUUUCCAGGAAGACGUCAAAACAUGGAUUGACAGGAGCACUGCCCAGAAGGGGUUCACCAGCCAGAUUGCGCUGCAGUAUUUAAUCCAGGGGCUUGAAUUAUUCGUAGACCUCAUGACAGAGCCAAUGACCAUCCCAAAACAUCAUGUAUCAUUUUGGUUCCAUAAUUUGUUCAACCUCACGGAUCAUGUUCAGUCGUUUCUGGGAGAACUUUUGGAUUGUCUCAAAUCUCACCGUUUCGUGACGGGGAAAAUGGACCGUGCCGAUGAGGCCAGGUUUAAAGCUCCAGGGUACACUGUCGAUUGUUUCAGUUUUGUUCCAGACGGACUCUUCGAGAGUGCCAGUCGCGCAGACCCGCGGAGACUCACAGCAGCCCCCCGGAGACUACAGCAAAUGUGGGAGCCCCAUGAGCUCAGAAUUUCCGUCGCCACGUGGACGAAUCGCCUCUCCGUCGGGGUUGUCGUCUGUCCGUGUCGCUUCGGAUGUGAUAGCCAAGACUGGACAUCAAAAGUUGGUUCCCGAAUCUUCCCAGAGCAUUCGAGUUUCUCCCGAUAUCGGUGGGAGCUCUAGAGGUAGCCGGAAAGGGAGAGGCAAAGGCAAACGAUAGGGCAGCUUUGAACAUGAUUGACUGCAUACAUUACCUCUCUGUGUAUUGUACGCUGAAUUGUAUUGGAUUGUUGAUUGUGAUUGCCUCGCGUGGUCUUUUUGAUUGUUGAUUGUGAUUGCCUCGUGUGGUCAUUCAGUGCAUCCGUAUUCAGUGCAUAGUCUUUCAGAUUGUGAUUGCCUCGUGUGGUCAUUCAGUGUGUGCAUAUGCAUUUGUUUGAGCUCUAAUAAUUCAGUGUGUGCAUGUUCAGUUCUUGGCCAGGUCUCCGGGCUCUCUUGUCGUAGUUUUAGUCUCGCCUCUUCAGUGUUCUCACUAUUGUAGGGUUGUGUGUAUACUGCACCUACGGACUUAGGUCUGAUCCCUGAUACAAUGUUAUCAGCGGCGGAGCGCAUCUGCGAUGUUCUCCCACAGUCUGUGCGAACGUCUUUGGUCAUGCAUGUUUCUGUUUCUCUAUAAGAGCGGACUGCAUGCUUGACAAUUUAGAGGCUUCGCUUCGCCUGAGCCUUCGUUGGACCUGGCCUCAGUGGCCAAGAUGGUCCCAGCAAAGACGCAGAAAACCUGGUUGACGGUUUACCGCCGGUUCCCAGUUCGGGCGCAGGGUGGAGCUAGUUGGCCGACCCGACCUUAAGAGACAAUGUGGUAACUUUGGGUCGGUUUUGCAAUCUUUGUCCAAAAUUUUACUUUUCGCACCUGUAGUGGGUUAUGCCGCGUCUGUCAGUCCAAUUCUUAGAUCUCUAGCUUCAACAAUACUAUCAAAACACUUGGAGGAACCGACUUUUGAUCUUUCGGCUCUCGCACCUGAAUCUUCCUUCAUGUGUUCAGAGGAGCGCUGUGCAAGAAAAGAGCUCUACGAGGUGCCCGGCUCAAGGCUCUCGGCUCAAGGCUCAAGGCUCCGCGAACGUUCAUUUUCUCCUGCCUGGGGAACCUCCGCGAAGGUGAACGUUGAGCUAGCGUGUUGUUUUGCUCUGCUUACGCAACUGCCCAUCUCCCUUUACAUCCUGCUUGUCAUUGUUGGUCUCUCAUAUCCAUUUAUCGUUGCGGUUUGGUGGUGGCAAUUUGUAUACGCUGACUUGUUCCUCACUGCCUAGAGUGGUGCUCGUAAGUCUCUGUUUUUUCAGAUCUGCCUUGCGUGGAUUGCAUAUUGUUCAAUUUGCAGUAUUUCAUUGUUGUGAUCUCUCAGGUGUCCUCGCACAUCUUCCCUCAGUCUUCUGCCAUAUACCUACCAUGUGUGGUCUUGUUUGUGCCAGAUGCCUCAUGUGCGGAGUCUCGCAUCCAGGUGUUUGCGUCGGGCUCGGGCUUGCCAACUUGGAUGGGUUCGACCGAAUUGUCCUCUUCCGUUGGUGCUCGAAGGCCUAGUCGCCCGUGACGCGGUCUUGCAUGCAGAGUUGGAUGCUCAGGCUAAUAAGUUGUUGACAGCAUUACUCCAUCCCUCUGAUAGCUGCCCGAAAGUUGAUUCCGUUGCACUUCGCGGUUUUUCUUCUGCUAUUGAUGCUGGGGUCCAGGUUGACGAGGUCGAAUAUCCUUCUCAAAGCAUUCGAGUCUUUUCAAUUGAUGCUGGUGUCCAGGUUGACGAAGUGCACUGUCCCUGUCAGAGCAUUCGAGUGUCCUCAAUUGAUGCUGAGGUCCAAGUGCAUUCUCAAAGCAUUCGAGUGUCUUCAAUGGGUGCUGGCGUGCAAACUCAGUUCACUUGCGAGGACGUCUGUGUGCAAACUCAGUUCACUUCAAUGGAUGCUGGCGUGCAUACUCAGUUCACUUUGAAGGACGCCUGUGUGCAAACUCAGCUCACUUUCCAGGACGCCGUCAAAACAUGGAUUGGCAGGAGCACUGCCCAGAAGGGGUUCACUGGCCCCAGAUUGCGCUGCAGUAUUUAAUCCAGGGGCUUGAAUUAUUCGUAGACCUCAUGACAGAGCCAAUGACCAUCCCAAAACAUCAUGUAUCAUUUUGGUUCCAUACUUUGUUCAACCUCACGGAUCAUGUUCAGUCGAUUCUGGGAGAACUUUUGGAUCGUCUCAAAUCUCACCGUUUCGUGACGAGGAAAAUGGACCGUGCCGAGGAGGCCAGGUUUAAAGCUCCAGGGUGCAUUGUCGAUUGUUUCAGUUUUGUUCCAGACGGACUCUUCGAGAGUGCCAGUCGCGCAGACCCGCGGAGACUCGCAGCAGACACCCGGAGACUACAGCAAAUGUGGGAGCCCCAAGAGCUCAGAAUUUCGUCGCCACGUGGACGAAUCGCCUUUCCGUCGGGGUCGUCGUCUGUCCGUGUCGCUUCGGAUGUGAUAGCCAAGACAGGACAUCAAAAGUUGUUUCCCGAAUCUUCCCAAAGCAUUCGAGUUUCUCCCGAUAACGGUGGGAGCUCUAGAGUGCAUCCUUAUUCAGUGCAUAGUCUUUCAGAUUGUGAUUGCCUUGUGUGGUCAUUCAGUGCAUCCUUAUUCAGUGCAUAGUCUUUUUUAGUUUGUUCGUUGCCUUUGUUUAUUGCUUGUGUUUCGGUAGUGUUGCCUUUCGGUCCAUAGACAUGGGGCAUAUGCAUUUGUUUGAGCUCUAACAAUUCAUUGUGUGCAUGUUCAGUUCUUGGCCAGCUCUCCUGGCUCUCUUGUCGUAGUUUUAGUGUCGCCUCUUCAGUGUUCUCACUGUUGUAGGGUUGUCUGUAUACUGCACCUGCGGACCUAGGUCUGAUCCCUGAUACAAAGUUAUCAGCGGCGGAGCGCAUCUGCGAUGUUCUCCCACAGGUUGUGCGAACGUCGUUGGUCAUGCAUGUUUCUGUUUCUCUAUGAGCGGACUGCUUGCUUGACAAUUUAGAGGCUUCGCUUCGCCUGAGACUUCGUUGGACCUGGCCUCAGUGGCCAAGAUGGUCCCAGCAAAGACCCCAAAAAGACCAGGUUGACGGUGUACCGCCGGCGCCAGUUCCGGGGCGCUGGAGGGCUAGUUGGCAAGAAAAUCUCGACGGACCUUUUGCUGACUUUUGCUCGGUUGAAAAU